UUUUAUUUCACCCUCUAUAUAUCAACGUGGUUUGUUCUUCGAUUCAUGCAGUUUUAACCUUCUUUUUGUUGAUUCAUGCAUGUUCUUGAUUCUGGCCUUUUUUUAUUUACAUUUUUGUGUGGUUUCGUAGAAAAAGAAAAUCAAGAAAGUAAGACUAUAUUGACUUAAGAAAGAAAAUGGGGAGGCUAUUUCUGGUGGAUCUUGAAGGAAGCUCUUAUAGCUGCAAGCACUGCCGCACUCCUCUUGCUCUCAAAGACGACAUCAUCUCUAAGUAUUUCUGCUCCAGGAAUAGCAGGGCAUAUCUUUUCUAUAACGUUGAGAAUGUCACCUUUGGACCGAAAGAAGAUCGAAUGAUGAUAACUGGAAAGCACACUGUGGCUGACAUAUACUGUGUUGUUUGUGGCUCAAUUCUGGGGUGGAAAUAUAUAUAUGCAUAUGUGAAGGCUCAUAAGUACAAGGAAGGUUGGUUUGUCAUUGAAAGGUGUAAGGUGUUGAAUCCUGCCGGAACUCCCUAUGAGGCCAAUCAAGAAGUUCAGGUUGGUCAACAAACUCCGAAUGGUCAAGAAACUUGGAUGGCCCAAGAAGCUCAGGCUGGUGGAGGAAUUGAUGUUGAUAAUGCUUGAUUAGUU